GGUACCGGCUAGGAUUGGCUAGCUGAGCCUGCAGCCCCAAUUCCGCAGCUUCAGAGCAUCUACCCGCUGCUCCCCCUCUCCCAUUUCCUGGCGUAAGGAAGCAGCCAGCAUGCUGAGCGUCUGACUUUCACCUCCUAGGACUCCUGUCCAGUGCUGACCCUUACCACCUGUUUCCUAGAAGAAACAACCCACCCUAGGAGUCACCAUGGCGAAGAUGCUCCCGGCCCAGGAGGCAGCAAAAAUCUACCACACCAACUAUGUGAGGAAUGCCCGAGCCAUGGGGGUCCUGUGGGCCCUGUUCACCCUCUGCUUUGCUGUGAUCAUGGUGGUGACUUUCAUCCAGCCCUACUGGAUCGGGGACAGCAUUGACACACCACAGGCUGGCUACUUUGGGCUUUUCUCCUACUGCAUUGGCAAUGCCCUUACAGGGGAACUCAUCUGCAAGGGCAGCCCUCUGGACUUUGGCACCAUCCCCUCAAGUGCCUUCAAAACAGCCAUGUUCUUUGUGGGCAUCUCAACCUUCCUCAUCAUUGGCUGCAUCUUCUGCUUCAGCCUCUUCUUCUUCUGCAACGCAGCCACUGUCUUCAAGGUGUGCGCUUGGAUGCAGCUGGCAGCAUGUGCAGGCCUGGCAAUAGGCUGCCUGCUGUACCCUGAUGGCUGGGACUCACCUGAGGUGAAACGUAUGUGUGGCGAGAAGACUGACAAAUACACACUGGGGGUGUGCACAGUGCGCUGGGCAUACAUCCUCUGCAUCAUUGGGAUCCUGGACGCCUUCAUUCUCUCCUUCUUGGCAUUUGUGCUUGGCAACCGGCAAGACAAUCUCCUUCCAUCUGACUUCCAAGUGGAUAAUAAAGAAGAAGGAAAUGAAUGAAGACUAACAACCUUAAGUGUACCUUGAUUGAAGUGGGCGACAUACACAUUCCAACUAUGAAGCUGGAGUCCAGAAGGCUGCUUGAUACAUGCUCCCAGGCUUUUAUUGCCUGCAAACAUUCAAUUGUGCUAUGACACAAAA